UAUCGAAUAGUUGGUAUAUAUCGAUUUGUCACAGCGUUACCAGUACUUUCUGCGUCGCAAAAGAAAAACAAAAAUAUUGCUCAACGAAGCUAUGGAAAACACGCAAUUACCCACAACAAUAUCCAACAAUGCAGCGCCUGUAAGUGUAAAUACGACAAUGGCUCCUGUUGUUGCUUCGCACGCAAUAGACGUCCCUGCCACUGUCAGUGUGUCAUCGACAUCUGUCAACACUUGCGCAGCCCCAGCACCAACACCAACAGUAUCGACAACAACAACAACGCUUUUGAGUAAAACUCCAAUUCACAAUUUGCCAAUAGAGUUGCUACAAAACGACGCUGCAAAGCGUCGAAGCUCCUCCCGUACUAUAAAACGAAAACGUUUUGACGACGAAAUUGUAGAAUACAAUCUUACAAUACCAACGAACCGUAGCGGAGCCGAUCCGAACCGAUCAAGUCGACCGCGAACUACAUCUCAGAAUUAUCCUGGGAUUGUUACGACUCCAACGUUGCAACAAUCACCCGCUCCAGUUGCAGCUGCUGCUGCCGUAGCACCAGAAUCGCCUCAAACAUCUGGAGCUGAAAUAGACACGCUACCCGGUAUAACGAGCGUAGCCACUUCGUCAACGCCCGCGACGCCUUUAACGCCAGCCACGCCCACAUUGCCACUGCCAACAGUACAUACUCCUGUGCAGCAACCACAGCCAAAAGCAAAGCCAGUAAUGGAGCGUGCUUUAGCCGCUGAACGUCGUCCACGUCCUUCGCGUCCAGCAAGCAACAAAAAGCCACGGCGCAAUGGCCGCCCUCUCGCACAGAUGGCCACCAAAGAUUUAGGUCGUUGGAAGCCAAUUGAUGACCUGGCACUUGUUAUUGGAAUACAGCAAACCAACGACUUACGCAUGAUACAUCGAGGCGUAAAGUUCUCCUGUAAGUUUACCUUACAAGAGCUGCAACAGCGAUGGUAUGCCCUUCUGUACGAACCAUCCGUAUCACGGAUUGCCGUGUCUGCCAUGCGCAAUCUGCAUCCAGAGAUGGUGGAGUCCAUACAGCGUAGAGCACUAUACAGCGUGCAGGAGGAGGACCUUCUAGGCACUAUUAAGAGUUCGGAGACCCCCAAGCUGGAGCAGUUUCAGGAGCUGCUGGACAAGAAUGCCGCCACGUUCUAUUGCGCACGCACAGCUAAAUCCCUGCACAAUCACUGGCUGCUGCUCAAGCAAUACUGUCUGUUGCCGGAUCAAUCGGUAAAGCCGCUGCAAGGCACCGAUCAACCGCUCAGCUUUUCAGAUGCUGAGGAUCAGUUAUUCGAUCAAGACUUACAAGAGCCUCGCGAUGAGGCAUUAGAAAUUGAGCUAACACUGGCCGAUCGGCGCAACAAACGCGACAUCCGUCUGCUGGAGAACGAGCUCUCACGCUGGGGCGUGCUGGUUGACUCAGUACUCGGACCCACGGCCGCCAGUGAAUUCGAUAAUCAAACUCUUGCCUGCUUGUGCGGACGCCUUGUGCGUUAUUUGAUGCGUUCUAAGGAGAUAACAUUCGGUCGCGAGGCUAAGGAAUGUGGCGUAGAUGUUGACCUUUCCCUGGAGGGACCCGCUGCAAAGAUUUCACGGCGCCAGGGGACUAUUAAGAUGCGCAGCAAUGGUGACUUUUUCAUAGCCAACGAGGGCAAGCGCGCCAUCUUUAUUGAUGGCACACCUCUGCUAAAUGGGAACAAGACGCGACUGGCCCACAAUUGUACUGUGGAAAUCUCCGGACUGCGCUUGACUUUUCUGGUUAACUAUGAGCUCAUCAAUGCCAUACGGCAGGAGAGCGCCAAAACAUCGAAUCCUUUAAAUUAAGUCUAGCCUAAUGAAUACUUUUAGCAGUCGCAAUUGUCCCUAACAACGUUGCUGUAAUGAAUUUCUAUUUUUUAAUCGUCAAAAAGAAAUAAGUUCUAAAAAUGAAAAUAUACGACAUCAACAAUAGCAUAAGCGGGUACUUAACGCCCACUUGACUUGGAAAGUCAAUGUGCGCUCGACUUCAAUCGAACAAGCUUGCAAUCAAGCCAAGCGCCCAAAUAGCACACGAUACCCGAAAUAAUUCUAUGACCACUUUUUUAUAUAGUAUUGAGCAGGUGCAGAUUAUGAAUAGUUUCUUUAAGCAGACCCAACACUU